GGUUGGGGAUACAGUACUCGACAAACUCGGUUUUUGCAGACUAAAUCUAAUCUACAUCUGGCAACUUAUCCAAGGCGUGAACAGUGCGAGUCGAAAUCUACAUCUAUAAAGCGUGUCUGAACGCGAAGUCUCGUUCGACGUCAAGCAGUGUCACCAUGUCUCAAGUAAUCGCCCAGUCUUCCGAUCCCACGAUCCGCUAUCUCUCCACCACGCAAGCCUACGACCUCUGGUCGGCUGUGUAUGACACAGACGGCAACUUUCUGCAGAUGUUGGAUACGAUUGAGAUGAAAAUUCUGAUGCCACGAAUGCUCAAGAUCCUGGAAAAUGAGCUCGCUUAUCCCCGCCCGUGGACCUUGGUGGACCUGGGAUGCGGAACGGGCAGGAACACGGCAGCAUUGCUGGAGGUAGAAGAUGCUGCGACGGUAGUUGGGCUCGAUCUCAGUCCUGGCAUGCUCGAGGUGGCACGAGUUCGACUGCAGAGGUUCCAUGCGGAUGGUAAAUUGAAGCUCCAGGUGUAUGACAUGUUGCAAGAGUCCUCGCCACCAGAAUUUGCCGUCGGCGCGGAUGCUGUGGUGUCAACACUGGUCAUCGAACAUAUCCCCGCAGACAUCUUUUUCGCCACAGUCGCCAAAAUCCUCAAACCAGGAGGGAUCUUAGUGCUGACCAACAUGCACUCAGAGAUGGGCAAGAUCAGUCAGGCUGGUUUUAUUGAUCCGAAAACGGGCGAAAAGAUCCGCCCAACCAGUUACUCACACACGUUGACCGAAGUCGAGGUAGCCGCCUCGGAAAAUGGGUUUGAAGUGCUCGGACAGAUUGAGGAGCGGAAAGUGGACCAGCCAAUGGUUGCAGUCCUGGGACAACGGUCGGAGAAAUGGGUGGGCGUAACAGUAUGGUUUGGAGGGAUUCUCAGAAAAUGUGCAUGACGGUUGUCAGUCAGAGAAGAAGCCCCGCAGUAAACGGUUUCUGUGUUGGACUAGGUUUUGGUGCUUCUUCAAGGACGAGUUCAAUGUCUGUGUCUCGAAGGAGUGGUGAUCAUCAAGAAUAAUUUGCGUGUACGCAAAGAGACUGGCGUCGAAGAGGCCCGGAGUGGACUGACCGAAGAAAAACUGAUCGUCGGCUAGCAGGGUAGAUAAUGAUCGAAAGGCCUGUUCAGCCUGCGAGUAGAGCUGUUGGGGGUCGAUGACAGCAUUCAUUUUCAGCAGUUCUUCUCUUGCGGCAGCUUGCAGCUGAUGAGCCAGGCUCAGACGGACGGCUGAGGAUGACGAGGACGAUGCAAC